AUGUCUAAUGGUAAGCUAGUGAAUCACGUUUUGAAACAUAUUGUUAAGGAUGGGAAUAUUUUAGGGUCGCCAAAGAUGGCUAGCAAGAAAUUAUUAACUGCAGUUCCGGAAACUAACAUCUUGAAUAACGGUAAAUUUUCAAUUUUACAAUAUAAUAGUUAUAAUUCAUCUCUUACGGAGCAACAUUUCUUAGAUAUAGUGCCUUUUGAUGUUCGCAAUGCUAUUAUCAGUGAUGGCAAUCAUGAUGAUGCAUUUAAGUUGUUACAAGCUAGGGAUCCUAAAUAUUUCCAAUUUAAUAAUAUCUACUAUUUGGUGUUUAGAAAUUAUAAACAGUUAAACCUUUUCAUAAAUUCAACAAAAUAUGAACGAAUAAACAAAAUAAGGGUGAAAUUUAAAAUUAUGAAAGGUAACUCUAUGCUUGAUGAUUUUUCAAAAUACCACUCAACUUUAAAAGCUGCAAAUGUCUCAAGAGACAGUUACUUUAAAGCUAUUAAAGAUAUCAACUUAAUAAAAACCGCUGGGAAUUUGAAUCAAAUGAUAGAUGAAGCAAAAUCAAUGGGAAGAAAAAAUCUAUUAGUCUGGAAUUUACCUAAUCAUAUGAAACCUCAUGAAAUUAAAGAUUAUUUUUGGUUUUAUAAUAUAACAGAUGUAUUUAAAUUGUAUUGGAGCAAUGAGAAUGAUUCUUUAUAUAAUACUUUGCAUUUCUUUAAAUUUGCUGAUGAACAUGAUUGCAUCAAAUUUAGACAUAAUUUCCAUGGAACGUAUUUCAAUGAUCCAAUCGGUGAUGCGAAAUCAAAAUUGUUAAUAGAAAAAUUAUCUUAA